AUGAGAAUCCCACUCUUCAAACGCCUGGUCAUCACGGCCUUGAACAUCCUCUUCCCGCCGCUGGCCGUGAUGCUCAUCACGGGGCCGAACGAAGACUUCCUCUUCAACUGCGUCAUGUUCAUCCUGGCCAUCAUCCCCUCACACAUCCACGGCUUCUACAUCUCGCUCACCUACUUCAACCGCAAGAGAAAAGUCCGCAGGGGCAUCUACCCGGGCAAGCCGAGGCAUUUGAUCUGGAGCGACCGGGUCAACAACGGGGGUGCCUCGAGGAGGGAGGUGGAGAGAUUGAGGUACGAGAAGGACCAGGGAAAGCUGAGUCGGCGAGCCAGCCGUAGAGUCACAGGAUCGUCCGGGAGUGAUGGUUCUCGCAGACGAAUCGAGGACUGGGACGAUGGAUACAAGGAAUACGCGAGAAGCAAUGUCCUUGACUGCUAUCUCUCACUCUAUCUGGCGGACGGUGACCUGGGAGGGGCUCUCACGAUUCGGCCAUCCUGGGUUACCGACGAACGGCGUGGUUGUGCAUUCCUGAUAGAACUGGAGUCGGUUGAAGGCGUGAAUGCACUCUACCCUCUCGCGGCUCUCGCGGACAUCCAAGGGCCUUUGCAUUGGGACGACGAUCAAGACCACAGCCUCAACAGGGCUUUGCGUGGCCGAACAGACGUUCCCAUUGUCUAG